AUGCAUGGCGUUAAGCCGCGACUUCGACGACCAUCGGCGACGAAGAAGGGCCUGGGACCGAGCUUUCAGUAUCAAAUGUCGGUCAAUCCUACCCUUGCGGACAGUAAAUACCUCACUACUAAUGAGCGCGUAAAAGCCCUCAGCGUCUACGAACCCCGUGUCAUAGCGCAGGCGGAGAAGCUCAUAUCGCAGAUUGAAGCCAAUCAAGGAAAACCACUCGAUGCAACCACCUGGUCCAUGCUUUUCGCCUUCGAUAUUAUGGGAGACGUCGGAUUCGGUAGGGACUUUGGCAAUCUUGUCACAGGGAAUGCGCACCCUGUUAUCAGUGCUAUGCAUGACCAUAUGCGCUUCAUUGGUGUCGUGAGCCACCUUCCGUGGCUUUUGAAUAUGCUGGGUAAGAUUCCCGGCGCGGCGGCUGGAUAUCAGGGCCUCUUUAAGUGGUGCGCUGAUCAGAUUGAGACCAAGCGCAAGAGCUGGGACCACGAGAAAUACCCCCAAGACAUUAUGUCCUGGGUCUUGAAAGCUUUCAUAGACAACGAUGUUUCGGCCCCACCGUCCGAACCAGCUCUUCAUGAUGACUCGCGUGUGGUGGUGAUAGCGGGCAGCGACACAACCGCCUCAGCCCUAGCAAACAUCAUCUACUUCCUCGCCAAACACCCCCCAGUCCUCCAAAAGCUCCAAACCCGACUCGACAGCGCAAUUCCGAACGGCCCCCAAAGCUGGACGUACGACAAAAUCAAACCUAUAACCUACAUCGACGACAUAAUCCACGAAAGCCUCCGUUUGCGACCCCCUGUCUCAAGCAGUGGAUACCGUGUAACACCUGCCAAGGGCCUCCAGAUCGACGAAGUCUCCAUCCCAGGCGACGUGAACGUCUUCGUCCCACCGCAGCUAAUCCAAACAGACGAGCGAUACUACAAAUCCUCCAAGGAGUUUAUCCAAGAGAGAUGGGGCGAAAAAAAGGUCGAGUGGGGGACUGGCAAGGCGCCAUAUUUCCCGUUUUCUUUGGGGGUAUACGGCUGUGUAGGGAAGAACCUAGCUAUGCUUAGUCUCCGCGUUGCGUUAUCUACCCUGGCACAACGGUACGAUAUCCGGUUUGCGCCAGGGGAGACCGGGGAGGCAUUUUGGAACGAUGCGUUGGAUACGUUUACCACUUUUUUGCCGCCUUUGCAUGUCGUGUUUCAGCCAAGGAAAGCGUAG